AUGGCGAGUUGCUCCUUCGCUCGCGACCAAGCGACAAGGAGGCUGCGAGCUGCAGCAGCGGCAACAGCGGCAGCUCUAGCUGAGGUGGCGACCACCACACUUCUUUCCUCGGGAACCCCGACCGCACUCAUUGGGACCGGGUCGUCUUGUCCGGGAGCCAUGUGGCUCUCCACGGCCACUGGCUCCCGGUCAGACUCCGAGUCCGAUGAGGAGGACCUCCCCGUCGGGGACGAAGUCUGCAAACGCGGCUACCUGCGGAAGCAGAAGCAUGGCCACAGGCGCUACUUCGUGCUCAAACUGGAGACCGCCGACGCCCCAGCUCGGCUGGAAUACUACGAAAAUGCCAGGAAGUUCCGGCACAGUGUCCGCGCCGCGGCGGCUGCAGCAGCGGCGGCUGCCUCUGGCGCCGCGGUCCCCGCGCUCAUCCCACCGCGGCGCGUGAUCACCCUGUACCAGUGCUUCUCGGUGAGCCAGCGAGCCGACGCAAGGUACCGACACCUCAUCGCUCUUUUCACCCAGGACGAGUACUUCGCGAUGGUGGCCGAGAACGAGUCGGAGCAAGAGAGCUGGUACUUGCUGCUCAGCCGCCUCAUCCUCGAGAGCAAGCGCCGCCGCUGCGGCACGCCCGGCGCGCAGCCGGAUGGAGAGCCGGCCGCACUGGCGGCUGCAGCGGCGGCGGAGCCACCCUUCUACAAAGAUGUGUGGCAGGUAAUAGUCAAACCCAGGGGGCUGGGGCACAGAAAAGAGCUGAGCGGCGUGUUCCGGCUCUGUCUUACCGACGAGGAGGUUGUGUUUGUGAGGCUAAAUACUGAAGUGGCCAGCGUGGUUGUCCAGCUCCUGAGCAUCCGUCGCUGCGGGCACUCGGAGCAGUAUUUCUUCUUGGAAGUCGGCAGGUCCACCGUCAUUGGCCCGGGGGAGCUCUGGAUGCAGGUCGAUGACUGUGUGGUGGCCCAAAACAUGCACGAGCUGUUUUUGGAGAAGAUGAGAGCCUUGUGUGCAGACGAAUACAGAGCCCGCUGCCGCAGCUACAGCAUCAGUAUCGGCGCCCACCUGUUAACCCUGCUGUCCACUAGGAGGCACCUGGACAUGCUGCCGCUCGAGCCCGGCGGCUGGCUCAGAAGGUCCCGCUUUGAGCAGUUUUGCCACCUCAGGGCCAUCGGUGACGGGGAAGACGAGAUGCUCCUCUCCAGGCGCUACAUAACACCCAGUGAGCCUGUGCCCCCCUCCAGGCGAGGAAGACUGCACCUGCCCAGAGCGCGGAGAUCCAGGAGAGCGAUUUCAGUGCCAGCCAGCUUUUUUCGCCGCGUAGCACCCAGCCCUGUGCGUGGCCCUCACCCUGCAGAAGCCCCCAAAGAGGGAGCUUGCCUGUCUUCUGAAGCACCUGGUUCCAGUUCUGGCAACUCUGGUGAAGAAGGCAAUCCUCAGGGCAAAGAGGAUCAGGAAGGAAACGGAGGUGACUAUAUGCCCAUGAACAAUUGGGGCUCCGGAAAUGGCCGGGGCUCAGGAGGUGGACAGGGUUCAAGUGGCCAAGGCUCCAGUAGCCAGAGCUCUGGAGGAAGCCAGUGCUCGGGCAGGGGGCACGGCUCCGGAGGUGGCCAGGGCUCAAGUGGCAGCCAGGGCUCAAGUGGCCAGGGCUCCGGGGGCCAGGGUGCAGGAGGAAACCAGUGCUCAGGAGAUGGCCAGGGCACCUCAGGUGGGCAUGGCUCAGGCAGUGGCCAAGGAGCUGGAGGUGGGCAUGGCUCAGGCCGUGGCCAAGGAUCCGGAGAUGGCCAUGGCUCAGGCAGGGGCAAGAACCCUGGAGGGGGCAAAGGCUCAGGAAGUGGGAAAGGCUCCGAAGGCAAUGGCGAUCAUGGGAAAUCUCUGAAGAAAAGAUCCUACUUUGGCAAAUUAACUCAAAGCAAGCAACAGCAAAUGCCACCACCUUCACCACCUCCACUCCCGCCAGCUGCAGCAACUGGUGGAAAAGGAAAGUCUGGGGGAAGGUUCCGACUUUAUUUUUGUGCUGACAGAGGAGCCACAAAAGAACGCAAAGAAGCCAAAGAAGUUAAAGACACAGAGACCCCAGAAGGUGCAGCUCGGGGUCCCCACAGAGCCAGAGCUUUUGAUGAAGAUGAGGAUGACCCAUACGUGCCAAUGAGGCCAGGGGUGGCUGCCCCUCUCUCAAGCUCCAGUGAUUAUAUGCCAAUGGCUCCUCAAAAUGUCUCUGUGUCAAAAAAGCGCCACUCUCGAUCACCUUUCGAAGAUUCAAGAGGGUACAUGAUGAUGUUUCCCAGAGUGAGCCCACCACCUGCACCAAGUCCUACAAAAGCACCUGAUCCUGACAAAGAGGAUGACUCAAAGGACAAUGACAGUGACAGUGACUACAUGUUUAUGGCUCCUGGAGCUGGUGCAAUUCCAAAAAACCCCAGAAAUCCUCAGGGAGGCUCUUCCUCCAAAAGUUGGAGCUCCUACUUCUCUCUGCCAAAUGCUUUUCGGAGUUCCCCAUUGGGGCAGAGUGACCACAGUGAGUAUGUACCAAUGUUACCUGGAAAAUUCCUGGGGAAGGGCCUAGACAAAGAAGCCUCAUCUAACAGAGGCCCCAAAGAUGUAACUUCAAAGCCUUCAGUUGAGGGGUCAUUCUCAAAGCCUAGAGAUGAGGGAUUACCUUCCAAGCGUUCAGGUGAUGGGCCCCCCAAGAACAAGACUAAGAGACCCAGUCGACUUCCUUUUAUUACAAAAGGAAAUAAAAUCAAGCCAAAACCACAAAAGCCCACACAUGAGCAGAAAGAAGCUGACAGCUCUAGUGGCUACAUCAAGAUUGACUUCCCUAAAAGAGGUAGCAAUAUGCCAGCUCCCUGUAUUCAAAGACUGCCAGGUUUGUGGGGCAUAAUUGCCGACCCCAGACAGUUCGUCUUUUCGAAUUACGUGAAUGUUGAGUUCGGAGUGCCAUUUCCAAAUCCAGCAAACGACCUCUCAGAUCUUUUAAGAGCUAUUCCAGGUGCCAACCCCUUCUCUCUGGACGGUGCUAGGUGGCCACUUCUGCCUCUUCCUCCCAGUGCUACAGGUAACAGUGCUAAUGAGGAAGAAGGGGACUACAUUGAAGUGAUUUUCAACCCAGCAGUGACACCAGCCGUGCCUUUUGCUGACAGUGCCAUUCGCUACGAUGCUGAAACAGGUCGCAUCUACGUGGUCGACCCAUUUUCUGAGUGCUGUAUGGACAUUUCUCUCUCCCCCAGCCGCUGCUCUGAACCACCACCUGUAGCGAGGCUGCUGCUAGAAGAAGAGCUCGAGAGAAGACGCCCACAAAGCCGUUCGCAAAGUUUCUUUGCAGCUGCCAGAGCCGCCGUCUCUGCUUUCCCGACUGACAGCCUCGAGAGAGACCUCUCCGCUUCUUUAGCCGCGGCAGCCGCGCCAAACUUAGCCGUGAGCCGGGCUUUAGCCGCCGCCUCCGCCCUGGUCGCUGCCCCGGGCAUCGGCGCAGCCGCCGCGGGCCUCGAGGCCUCCGCGGUAUCUGACUCCGCCUCCGUCCGCUGGUUCCAACCCGCUGCUAAUGCUGCUGGUGCCGAAGAGGUAAGAGGGGCCCAAGACGUUGCGGGUGGCUCGAACCCCAGAGCCCAAAACACAUCGGCAGACUUUGCCGGAGGUAACAACAGAGCCGGCGGGGCUGCCGCUGCAGCCGCCGCUCCCCCUCCAUCACCUGGCCGCGGCCGGGCGCCGAGACACCCAGAGCAAGAAGAUUCUGACGACGACGACACGUACGUGAGAAUGGACUUUGCCAGACCUGACAACGAGAAGUUCGACUCUCCCCAAAGAGGUUGGUGA